AUGAAGUUCAUCACCGCCCAGACAGUCCUGGCUAUUGCACUGGCAGCAGUGGCCAGUGGCUUGGCUAUCAAUUCCGAGUCUACAAAGCCCGAGGCCCCAGAGCCAGCCUGGGUCUGGUCUUCCAAGCGCGACGUUGAAGAGCAUGCAAAGCCCAAGCCAAUCUGGGUCGCGUCUUCCAAGCGUGAUGCGGAAGAUCAUGCAAACCCCGAGCCUGCUUGGGUCUGGUCUUCCAAGCGUGAUACCGAAGAGCACGCAAACCCCGAGCCAGCCUGGGUUUGGUCUUCUAAGCGCGAUACGGAAGAGCACGCAAACCCCGAGCCGGCUUGGGUCUGGGCUUCCAAACGCGAUACGGAAGAGCACGCAAACCCCGAGCCUGCUUGGGUCUGGUCUUCCAAGCGUGAUACCGAAGAGCACGCAAACCCCGAGCCUGCUUGGGUCUGGGCAUCUAAGCGCGAUACCGAAGAGCAUGACGACGUUGCGGAACCUGCCUGGGUCUGGUCUUCCAAGCGAGAGGGUUCAAAAUAA